AUGGUCUUAAGCGAUAGUUUGAGGAGCAAUAGGAGGUUGCUUCCUCAAAGGGGGGAAGUGAAAGGAUUCCAAGGAUCGAUCAAGAACAAGUUCCUUUACAUUCCAAAACCCCAUCAGUUCAUCAAACUCUUCCUAGGAAGUGACUACAUCCGUACUCAAGCGGAUUUUGUAUGGAUAAACCUGGAGGAGAUAUUUCUGAUUGCAAGGGUGUUUUCAGAUUUGAUAUGUGAUUUUGGGAAAAUUAACGCUGAAAUUCACCCGAUCCUUGCCAAGAAGUUCAAAUUUCCUUACUUCGAGCCUGCUCCAAGCUUCAUUGAAGGGUACCAAAGUAUGUCUCUCAAGGAAACCAACUUCCCAGAGUUAGGUGCUAUCUACAAAAUAGGUCUAGAAGGUCCAAAAUACUUCAUACUUGUGACCGCAAUGCAUCGGUUGGCCAAGAAACAACUCGACAUCACUCUAGCUCUAGUCCAGCGAUCAAUGCACACUACAAAAGAAGCUAAGUUUGAAAUAACUCGAAGAAUCCAUUGGUUGUCUGAAGUUAUCUUCUCGCCGACUACCUUAGAGAAGACCAAUUUCACCAUCAGCCUCUACUCCUUCUCUUCUGGCAACCUCAUUCCACUGAGAUUACAGUUCUCUCUCCAACUCCCAUUUUCUUCAACAGGGUUUUCUCCUGAUUUUGUGAUAUUUUUGGAACAAAUGGAUACUAUGAAAGACUCAUCAGAUGUAUUAUCUUUCAAUUUACAUGUGCUUCUCAUGGAACCCGUAAAGUUACAAACUACACAUUGGAAAAGAUAUCAAUUUAUACAGAGGAAAGUGGGAGAUAGAACAAUAGAUAUGGCAGCAACAACAAUCGAUCAAGUUUUGUUGGGAAGGAAGUAGAGGUAUUUUGAUAUUUGGGAAAUUAGGAAAGUGAAAGGCAUAGCAGAAAAACACAUAUUAAUGGAGCACAUCGGCGACCUUCUACAUUGAACGAGAAACCCAAAACAGAUGAGGGCCGAUGUGUUUUGGAGGAGGUUCCCACUUUUUUCUCUGUAAAUUAGUAAAUAGUUGAUUGGAAGAGAGGAACGGCGACGUAAUGGUCAGUUUUAGAUGUGUGUUGGUUAGUAACAGAAGAGGACGAAAAUUGACAAAGCCUGAAUUUGUGGUGGCCAACGUAUGAAGAUUGAAGCUCAUAAAGUGUACUGUCGUUAAGGCGACGUAAUGGUCAAUUUUAAAUGUGUGUUGUUUAGCAAUAGAAGAGGACGAAAAUUGACAAAACCUGAAUUUGUGGUGGCCAAAGUAUGAAGCUCAUAAAAUGUAUUGUCGUUAAGUGUGAGG